CAGACCCAGAGGAGCCAGGCAUUCCUCCCAGAUUACUUGGACUUUUAUUGUGCUACAAAUUCCUCCAGACAGCAGAUCAUCCCUCCCAUAACCUCCCUCCUCCCCCUACCCCUGUGUAAGUCAGUACCUGCUCCCCUAGGCUCCUGCCUGGUCCCUGCUCAGUGCUGGCUGGGGCUCUCCCUGUUGGAGUGGGCAGAGGAGCUUUUUGGAUGUUAUUUCCCUAUUUGGAGAGGAGGGCUCAGUCCUGACGUCUGUACUUGGAGUGCAGGCAGUUGUAGGAUCUGCUGUGAGUCCAGCUCAGUCUGCCUUUCUGGGGACCCCUGGACCCUGCAUGGACCCCUGAUCUCUCCCUGCUCCACUCCUGCUGGUGACGAUGAUGAUCUGCCUCCUGAUUGGCUUCUUGGUCCCAGUGACGGUUUUCACAGCUCCUCCCCCCAUCAACCGCUUGGCGCUAUUUCCAGAUAAGAGCGCCUGGUGUGAAGCCAAGAAUAUCACGCAGAUUGUGGGUCACAACGGCUGUGAAUCCAAGUCUAUCCAGAACCGGGCCUGCCUGGGACAGUGCUUCAGUUACAGCGUACCCAACACAUUCCCGCAGUAUACCGAGUCCCUGGUACACUGUGACUCCUGUAUGCCGGCCAAGUCCAUGUGGGAUGUGGUCACUUUGGAGUGCCCAGGUAACGAAGAGGUACCACGCGUGGACAAGUUAGUGGAAAAGAUUCUGCGUUGCAGUUGUCAGGCGUGUGGGAAGGAGCAGAGCCAGGAGGGAGCCAUGUUUAACGUCUACCUAAACACCGCUGAGGAGACACUUCCUCCUGCAGAGAACAUUGGUCGCCACCAACAGCCCCCACACGAGGAGGAUUCACCUUCCCCAGCACAGCGGGACGGAGAGAGCGAGGAGUGAGAGCCUCCAUUCUCCACCAAAUUGGACAUUUAAUCCCUCUUCAUGUAUUUCCCACAAUGCACCACUCCCACCACCCCAUGGCUAGACAUGGGAGCAACAUGGAGGAAGGACGCUAUGAGAACCACUUGUGGAGAGGACACGUGUAUAAUAUAAACAGUUACAGGGUCCACAUUUAAGAGAAAGUCAAGGGUAAUCCGCUUAAAUUCCCACGCCACCGCAAUGUGCACCCUUAGGAGUAAUUGGAUAUUUAUCAGUGACAAAGCUGGGGCCGUGUGUCCAGUGAUUAUAACCAUUAGCCGAUUAUGGAAGCAGGGAGUAGAUGGUUUUUACACCUUUGGUGUUUGUAAUUUAGAGUUAAAAUGACAACGCUCGAUAGUUCGCUGGUGACUUAAAGAUCCGCUAAUGUCAAGGCUUACAUAUAACGUUUGUGUCCAGAUAUAUUUAAAAUAUUGUGGUCUCUGCUGGGAUUUCUGCUCGGGUAUCUCCCCGACAAAUGUUGAGAUGAUGAAUUUUUCAAUAACUUUGAGGCCGUGUGAACAAAACAGAGUCCCCGAAAUGCGCAGGAAGCAACUAACUUGUCUCAUUGCAGUAACUUGCUCCAGAGACCACUAUGUAGGGUUUGCCUUCUCUAACCCUUUAAUUGCUAGGAGUUCUUUAAUGUUAUGGCAAAAAGAGAGUUAAAAGGACAUAUUGCAUAUCAUUUUACUGCGUCUAACGGUUUUAAAAUGUGCCGUCUAUUCUCACGUCUUUGUUGUUUGCAGUUGUUUGUUGUAAAUUAGUCAAUCCAACGAAUCUAGCAAAGCGAGGGCAGCCAUCUUUCUUAGCCUUCCUGACAUUCCAUUGUAGAAGAUAAGAAUGGAGCGCAGGUAACAUUGCCUGUCGCGGAGGGAUCGUUAUGCCGGCCAGAUUUAUUGGGUAUAAAUCGCCCUUUUUGCCCAGACAGGGGUCAAGCUAAGCUUUUGUUAAGGUUGUCGGUGAAACCACAAAACUGGUCUAAACUCCCACCCGAUGGUGGGUUAAAUUAUACAGAAAUAGUUACAUUACAUACAGUCACGUUUGUUUUAUUAAAAUACAAAUCUGAAUAUGUUAUAGCAGUGUGACAUUCAAAUAAACCUGUUCCACACACGUAA